CUGGGCAACAGAAUGAGACUCCGUCUCAAAAAAAAAAAACAAAAAAAAAAGGUGCGCAAACCGAGGCCCAAGACAGUUAAGGUACAAGAUCACAUGGUUAGUCGGUGGGAGAGCCAGGGUUUGAACAGUCUGGCAUCAGCUGACCAGGAACUGGAGCCCACCCUUCUUUCUCCCUGAACCCGCCUGCCUGCCCACCCUCUUGAGUGCCAAAUUUAUUAAUAUGGAAGGGAGAAGAGCUUUAAUGAUUGGAGUCAUUUUCAGAGCAUUAAAGCUGUUCUCCCUUCCAUAUUAAUGUGUUUCUCAGCUACUAGGGUCACUCACAGCACCACUGGCCCCAAAGCAGUUGACAGUCAGUGAUAAUUAAAUUGUCUCUCUGGUUCUGUGACUGAAGGAGACGGAAGGCUUUAUGGUGGCCUGAGAAAAGCAGGUGAUUUGGGGCUUGGCACUUCAGGAGAGGGCAGGUGAGUGAGCCAGGGAAGCUGGCCUGGGAGGCCUACAGGUCACCCCCUUGCCUCCCGGCCUGGUGCUUGAGUGGCAGACGGUGAAUUCUUCUCCUCCUCCCUCCCCCACCUCGUGUCAGAGGCCAGAGCUCGGGCUCCAUCUAAUGGUCUCUGGUUCAACUGGGUAUUUGGUGAAAAGGGCUUCGGGGCUGGAGACAUCCACUUUUAUAACACACCGGCAUGGGAAGGCACGUUCUGAGUUGUAAUGACAGAGCUAGGCAGGUCUUGUCUGUAGAUGCAGUGGCUUUAAGGAAACUAGGACGAGGGGCAGGAUUUUCUUAGGUGCCAGGAGAAAGGGGCGAUAGAGGAUUGUAGAGACCACGCGUGAGAGAGCCAGUGUGCAGUGGUUUCACUCUGAUUUGCUUCUUCCCGUGAAUAUGGUUGGUAGCUCCUGAGGCCGGGAGUCAGGAACAUGGAGGCGGUGCUGGGGACGGUUUCUUUUCUAACCACACUCCUUUUGUAACCACAAAGGAAAAAGGCAGAACGUUCCUCCGCUGGCGCCAGCCAAUCAGCAGGACUCCUGCCUUCCUUCGGGGCAAGGUCGCAGCAUCUGCCUCGGAAAUCACGGGGCUGCUUCCUGCUGGCUCAGCUUGGAGGCCCAGCGUGUUCUGCAGAGGCUGCGUAGUGAAGGCUGCUCUCUGAAGCUCCUGCCCCAGGUCAGGCCACCAGUUCCACAUGAAUCCAGAGUGGGGGCAGGCCUUCAUGCACGUGGCCGUGGCCGGCGGCCUCUGUGCUGUGGCCGUGUUCACAGGCAUUUUUGACAGCGUCUCCGUGCAAGUGGGCUAUGAGGACUACGCCGAGGCGCCGGUGGCUGGUCUCCCUGCCUUCCUGGCCAUGCCGUUCAACUCACUGGUGAAUGUGGCCUACACGCUACUAGGGCUAUUCUGGCUGCACAGGGGCGGUGCGGUGGGGCCGGGUCCCCGCUACCUGAAGGAUGUGUUCGCAGCCAUGGCCCUGCUCUACGGCCCCGUGCAGUGGCUGCGCCUGUGGACGCAGUGGCGCCGCACCGCCGUGCUGGACCAGUGGCUCACCCUGCCCAUCUUUGCGUGGCCUGUCGCAUGGUGCCUCUACCUAGACCACGGCUGGCGGCCCUGGCUGUUCCUCUCCCUUGAGUGCAUCUCCCUGGCCAGUUACGGCCUCGCUCUGCUGCAUCCCCGGGGCUUCGAGGUCGCACUGGGUGCUCACGUGGUGGCCGCUGUGGGGCAGGCGCUGCGCACCCACAGGCACUAUGGCAGCACCACCUCGGCCACCUACUUAGCUUUGGGGGUGCUCUCUUGCCUGGGCUUUGUGGUCCUCAAGCUGUGUGACCAUCAGCUCGCACGGUGGCAUCUCUUCCAGCGCCUCACAGGCCACUUCUGGUCCAAGGUCUGUGACGUGCUCCAGUUCCACUUUGCGUUUUUGUUUCUGACGCAUUUCAACACUCACCCAAGAUUCUGUCCCUCUGGCGGGAAGACGCAUUGAACUGUGGGAAGAACCUGCUGAAAACCGACGACCCCCAGCAUUGAAACAGACUCUGAGAUGGUGCCAGUGUUGGGCAUCCUACGUGUGAUGAUACGCACUGAUCACACAGCACUGCCCUUUCCUGAGAAGCUACAGGCUUUGGUGUGGAGGGAUGGAGUGCUGUGAUCUCGACAACUUACUUUCAAAGACAUAAAGCAAAGAUCUUGGCACAAGGGAUGUGGGUGUUCCUGAUGUAAUUCUCAUAACUUUCCUGUAGUUUGAAAUGUUUCCAAAUAAAUAUUGGCAAGGGGAGUGGAAAUGACACCAAGAAGCCCCUUGUGCUCGUGGUUGGACAGAGA